UGGGAAUCAAUUAAACUCUACUGAAGAAACGAAACAAAUAAGUGAAAAUGCCGAGUGGUUGCUACGUCAGAGCUCUCUGGAUUCUGAACAAUCAAGAUUUUGUUGUUUUCUCCAGGAAGUUUCCGGUGGUAGAGAGAAGGUGGCGCGUGGCCUGUGAGAAGGACGCCGACGAAAAUUUCAAGUAUCUUCCGUUGCCUUGUGAUUCCGAACUCGCUGCUGCUUUCAUUCAACGGAAGAAGAGGGAGGGGUCUGCUCGUGGAUUUGGCCUUCGUGUAAGUCAAUCUGUUAAAGGAUCAGAUUCAUGGAUUGAUGAUCCCAUUACUCGUCAUGUAAUCAGUCUUCACAUCAAUAGAGAAGAGAAAGGGCAGAACAGUAUUUUGUGGCCCCUAAUCUUGCAUAUAAAGGGUCCAUACUCUAUUCUCAUUUUGCCUUUGGUGGAGACUCAUCAUUUGAAAUCCUAUUCGAGGAUGUGCAAUAGCUCAGACUGCGGAAGUGCUGUGGGCGCAGAUGAGAAUUUGUCUUCCUUGCUUCUUGAUCUUCCAUCCAUCACAGGGGCACUCCAUGUGGCACAAACUAUUGGAGAGAUUGUUAUGGGAGAAUCAGUGGAGCCUGAAGUUGUUGUUGUUGCGUCUCCCUCGGUGGGAGGGUUGCUGGAUUCUCUCACGGGAAGUAUAGGAAUUUCUGGUAUUUCAGCCCGAGCAAAACCCAUAGCUACUCCUAUUGCAGCAUCCUCUGCAUCUGGGACUGCUGUGAGUGGAGCCGUAAUGUCUGAUGCUCCAAAGAUGGGUUCAAGGCCAUUAGACAAAGAAGUACUCCGGUUGUUCAUCACUAGCGCAAUGCCCUUUGGGACUCCACUGGAUCUUAGCCACUCAAAUAUCUCCGCCAUCAGGACCACCGGAUUUUCUCCUGCGGAUAUUCCUCCUCCAGACAGGAAGCAGCCAGCCUGGAAGCCUUAUCUCUACCGUGGCAAGCAAAGGAUACUGUUCACGAUCCACGACACUGUACACGCUUCCAUGUAUGAUCGGGACGAAAUCCCGGACAGUAUCACAAUUUCCGGUCAGGUCAACUGCAGAGCCGAUUUAGAAGGUCUUCCUGAUGUCUCGUUCCCAUUGACCGGUCUCGACUCUGCUCGUGUUCAGUCCCUGAGCUUUCACCCCUGUGCUCAGGUCCCAGAGCAUGGGGGUGACAAGCAAGCCGUAACUUUCUCACCACCGUUGGGGAAUUUCGUCUUGAUGCAUUAUCAGGCACUAUGUUCUAUGGGUCCUCCAGUGAAGGGGUUCUACCAGCUGUCAAUGGUUUCGGAAAACGAGGGCGCGUUUUUGUUCAGGCUGAGCCUCGUAGAAGGUUAUAAGACCCCAUUGACGAUUGAGUUCUGUUCGGUGACCAUGCCUUUCCCUAGGAGGCGAGUGGUCUCGCUUGACGGGACGCCUUCAGUUGGGACGGUUUCUUACACGGACCACUCAGUGGAGUGGAAGUUGGUCACAAAUACGCGGAGUGGUUCUGGAAAGAACAUAGAGGCGACUUUUUCUGGAACAGUUAAGUUUAAUCCGUGGCAGGGGAGUUUGGCUGAUGAGGAUAGUGAUCUCGAGAGUGAGGCUGGUGGUGGUGGUAGCAUGGUUAAUGUGGAGGAUCAGAUAAUGGAGAAAAUGAAUAAGGAUCUUCAGGCGGUUGAUCUGGAAGAGCCUUUUUGCUGGCAGGCGUAUAAUUAUGCGAAAGUUUCUUUCAAGAUGAUUGGACCUCCAUUAUCAGGAAUGUCUAUCGAUCCUAAAUCUGUAAGUGUAUUUCCUGCAGUCAAGGCAACUGUGGAAAUUUCGUCUCAGGUUACAUCUGGGGAUUACAUUUUGUGGAAUACGUUGGGUAAAUGUCCCGUUGCAGCCACACCAAAUGCAUAAAGAUUUUUGGCGUCAAGUUAUUGUUGACUUCCUGUUUGAGUGCUGUUUGAAGCUGGCCAGUUGUGUGAGCUACAUUGUCUUGUAUUUUCCAUGCCAUUGUUCGUUUUACCAUAUAUCUCCCUUCAUAUGUGAAUGCAUAUUGAAUCCUGUUGUUUUGGGGAAAUCAUGUCAAAGUUAAGAAGCUGGAUAGGUUUCCGGGCGCCUUCUGUUAAUUUUUGCUUAAAUGAGCUGUACACGUUGCGGCUAACUCAGACUUGAUUGUUUAUUUAAUUGAGGAAUGCAUAUCUAUUGAAAGGUGAAAGGAGAUUGGAUAUAAAACUUACAAAACCUUAGGACUAAGUAUUCGUUCAGGUUUCAUUUGGAUCGACGGGUUUUGAGGUUGAGUAUUUUAUAUCCUCGUACUUGGUGAUAAUAAUCCAUCGAGGCUGCCUUGAUGAACUUGCCUAUUUGAUGAGUUCCCUUAUUUUGGAGUAGUGAGUUACUUUUGAUCUCUUUAUCAAAUCUUCUCUUGAAAUCUAUAAAUCUUUCUGUUCAAAUGCAAACAUUAUUUUUUCUAUUUGCUAAAUAGCUAUGCCCACUUUUGUGAAUUUUCUCUCAAAAGUUGUUGGGUCAUAGACGAUGUUCAGUUAUAGAGUUUGAAUAGUGUACUGCAUGGCAAAUUAUGUCUCUGGGUUGAGUUCGGUAUUUGUUAUGAAUCAAUAGGA